GUUUUCCCGGAUGUGGGUGCGUCGGUCAGCUAUUUAAUACACAAAUUGUCUGAAAAUAUUGGAUUGGCUGCUGCUGCUGUUGUAUGAUAAAAUCUUUUUACUAUAUUUGUGAAAUCGUUAAAGUAGCCUCGGUUGAAUAAAACGCUUUGGAUAUUGAUCGAGAUACGCGCGGUUGCUGUGAGAUGUGAUUUGUUUGCAGAAUGGUUAGUUAACGGUACAGUCCGUCGUGCUCAACGCACACACCGAGCGCUUAACGUUUGGUCCGUUUUAAACAUCAUGUUUUUGGUGCUCUAUUCUAAGUUAAUUACUACAGCAAGAGGAGACUGAUUUACCCACGAGAUGAAUUAUUUAGGUUAUUGAAACGCGGGCUACGGAUACGGUAAAUGAGUAAAGAUAGAGCUAGCUGUCACUCGGAGCUGUUGCGUUGGUGCUGUGGAUGAGGCUCAAAGAUGUGUCAGGUUAGUGGUAGUUUUCGUUUCAAAAAAAAGCAGUGCAGGUAAUGUUGGCUGAUUCAGAUGUGGCGGAGCAGUCCUGACAUCAGUAACUGACCAGUAUUUAUGUCAGGAGUGACAGAAGGAGGCUCCCCUCUCAUGGAUGUCUGCAGCAAGAACUCCAACCGUACAGCCCCAGUGAGUGAGGGGGUACCCAGAAGAGCGGAUGUGCCCCUUUGUUCUCGGACCAAUGGUUGGAGCUGGCCUCCACACCCUUUUCAGCUCCUGGCCUGGCUGCUUUAUCUCUACUUUGCUGUCACUGGCUUUGGUGUAUUCGUGCCUCUGCUCCCCACACACUGGAUCCCAGCCGGAUAUAUUUGUACAGGCAUUACAUUCAUCUGUCACCUCUUCAUGCACCUGAUGGCCGUGUCCAUUGACCCUGCGGAUUAUAACGUUAGAGCUAAGAGUUAUAAGGGACCCAUGCCAGUGUUCGACCGCACCAAACAUGCACACGUCAUCGAGAACUGUCACUGCUACCUCUGUGAGGUGGAUGUGGGGCCUAAAUCUAAACACUGUAGUGCAUGUAAUAAGUGUGUGGCAAGCUUUGACCACCACUGUCGAUGGCUGAACAAUUGUGUGGGCAGCAGAAAUUACUGGCUGUUUCUUAACAGCGUGAUCUCUGCUCUCCUGGGGAUUGUUUUGGUUGUAGUUAUCGCUAGUUAUGUUUUCAUAGAGUUUUUUUUGGACCCAUCAAAACUUCGUUCUGACAAGCACUUUCAACAGGUAAGGAAUGAAUCCGUGGUGUGGUUUGUGUUUCUGCCCGUGGCUCCGGUCACCACAGCUGGUCCAGCCAUUCCCGCUUUAGCAGGAGUCACCAUCACUCUGGGCCUACUGUCUGCACUUUUGCUGGGACACUUACUCUGCUUCCACAUAUACCUCAUGUGGAACAGACUUAGCACAUAUGAGUAUAUUGUGCGACAGCGGCAUCGGCAAGAGGCCAAAGAUUCGAGAAAGCCCCCUCCAGAGAAUGAAUCUGGGAUUCCCAAGAUGAAUCUAUUUAAGCAGCAGGUCAGUUAUAGCGGGACAUUUGGCUACACCAAUCCUGAGAUGGAGGUAGAGGAUCCAAACGCCAUGAGCUCCCAAGAAGGAUCAGCGCGUUAUGGCAAUGGCAGGGUCAGAGGCUCAUCUGAGCACAUGGGUGAAGAAGAGCUCCUCCCUGCUGUCAUAACAGAGAACAAAGCAUCUCCUCACCCUCACAAACACACACAGAAAAAAAAGAGGAAAGUGCGCAAGCUUGUAGCCGAGGUAAACAGUGACAGGUCCAUUGAAACCAGCGCCACCAAAGGCAUGCCAAAGACUUCUGCUGAGCAGGAGUCCUCUGUAGCUGCCGCCACUGUGUCCUCCUCUCUUGGUCAGCGCUUACCCUUCCCAGCAUCCCUGCGGGCCUCCCUCCCCCCUCUUGCACCCGUACAAGCCGCCGGUCCCCCUGCUGAGUAUCAUUCUGACUCCGCAGAAUCUCUGGAGGAGAUCCCUGUAGCAAUGGCACGGCUUGGCAGCGCAGCUUUGGCCAGCGCUACUACUACUGCUGCUGCGUCUGCCACCAGCUAUUCCUCUUCUCUCCAGUGCACUUUGCCUUCCUCAGCACCUGGACAAGCUUUACCCUUCCCCCAGCCCAGGACCAAGAGGAAAGCAGUCAUUCGGAAAGCUGCCGAGCAGCGGUUUGAGAUGGUGUCCCAUAAUCCAUCCAUGUUCGUGAGUCGAGAAAGUGGAGAGCCUGCCAUGCCCCAAGAGGGCGUUAUCACAGAGGAAAGUCCCCGUGUGGCCAAACGCAAACAGACAGGUAAAAAGAGAAAUAUGGAGGACACUAAACCCAGCUCUGGUGUAGUGACUACUACAGAAAUGCAUCAUUACUAAUCAGGACUCACUGGGCACUUGUUUCUCCAUUUAAAAAAAAAAAAAAAAAAAAAAACUUGAGCUGCUUUAGAAGAAUCAGAUAAAAACUGAUGUAGCACUGUUGCAACCUAUGCAAACACCACUGAAUGUCAGCAGUAAGAACCUUUUGCUGGACGUCAUUGGUCAGUGUCAUUGGGUCUGAACACCACAUACUGUAUAAAGUUGCAUAUAGAUAUGUUUGACAGUGGGUCAUGAGGUCCCCCCUCAGAUCAGACUCUCUUUUAUAUAUAUAUAAAAUAUUUUCAUUCAUGAAAUUGUUGAUUGUGGAUUGAAGCCUUGGACUUAAGCCUCAACUUAUCAUGAAUCGUUUGAGGAAUCCAUGACACUAAAACUUAACUAAUUUAUUUAGCCUUUCAUUAACUCCAGUACAUUUUCAUUACAACCUUUGCUGUAGCGUUGCACAAAUACAUUCAUUGCUGUAGCAUUGCACAUCCUUAAUGCAGUGCUGCCCUUCUUAAUUAUUUAUUUACAUAUAUAAAAUGCCAAAGUUUUAGUUUUCUAUGAUGAAUCACGCAUGACCACUGAUAUCACUUUCAGGGUUUUUAGUUCAUAUUUUUACAUGAAUGUAUAUUAAGUUACCUUAUUUUUAAAUUAUUGUUGUUAAUUGUUGCUUUUCCUUUUUGUUGUUUUUAUCAGCUUUUAUGUCUGUGUUUGGGAGAAUUUGAGUUAUAGUGCGUACUAUAGAAUGUACUUCUAGUGGUAUUCUACUCAAGUUCUUUAGUCACUUUCUAAAUAAAGAUCUUCUAUUAAGCAGUGCCACAUGAUGUCGGCCCUUAUGAAUGAAGUCCACUCCCUCCAUCUCAAAUGCUGCUCAGACAACCCAGUUACACAGUUGUUUAUCUAUCAACAGAAGCAUUCUUAGUACAUGAUGUUUUGGGAAGGGGGGUGGCUGAAUGAUGACCUGAUGAGGAAGCAAUAUGAAAAUGUGUGUGCUUUUUCUUCUUCUUUUUUUUUAAUGUAAAAAAAUAAAAUGCAUUUCACUUCAACUGUAUUCCCACACUUUUUUUUUUUUUUUUUGCAUUACCAUUGUUUUAAAUGCGUCUGUCAUCUGUGUUACCUAUAUUCUGUGUGUUUGUUUUUAAAUCAAAUCUGAAAUAUUUUUUGCGAAAUUCUCUUUAAUAAAAUUGCACUGCAGAAGACUCCUGCAAUAUUCGUGGUGGGAAAAAGUCACUCGUUCUUUAAUAAAGACAAUAAAAAGGAAA